AUGAUUGACGCGCAAACGCUCUUCAGGGGGCCGAAUCCUGGCGAGUUGAAAGGCCCGUAUAUUUCCCAGUUCCUUGUAAAGUCGUACCGAUAUGGCAACCUGGAGAUCGACCAGAAGUAUGUGGUGGAGGAGGAUCCGAACAACAUGCUUACCCUGGCUGGCUGGUGGCGAGUGCAGAACGGCGAGGUCCCAACGGGCAUCGUGACAAACGGAAAAGCAUUUGCAUCAAAUGGACGCGUGCUUGGAUCCAUGGUGCACAAGGACCCGCUCUACCAGUUCUACUAUGCUGCCGCCUUGAUUGCUUUCCAGCAAGGAAUUGGCCACGAUGGCAUGCAGCUAAAAUACACUACGGAAUGGACGACAACAGGACCACCGGAUGUCUUCGCGGCGGUAGCGCACGUAGCGCUUGGCGCUCUGCGCACCGCCUGGUGGCAAAAAUGGGGUCUUUACAUGCGCAUCCGUCCGGAGGUCUUUGCUCAGCGGUAUGAGCUGGCGCGAAUCCAUCCUCAAAUCGUGUCAGAAGUUCCAGGGCUGGCCGGCCUGAAGGCUAACCUCGAGAAGGCCGACAAGCU